UUCAUGGCAAUAAUAAUCACCAAUUUUUAAUGAAUUUCGUGUUGAAAAUUUCCAAAAAUUCACAUCCAAACAAAAUGUUUUGUUGAUGAAAUGAAUCUAAAAUGAACAAUCCAUCAAUUAUUUGCUUAGAUACUUUUUCAUCAUCGAUUGAUUGAAAAUCUAUACCGAACAAAAACAAUCAGCCAAUUUUUAACAUCUUGAACAACGGACACGUCAUUCUAUCAACCAAUAAACCGUUAUAUUAUAUUUGCUGACCAAACAAUUUUUUUAUGUCAUUUGCUUCCGAUAUUAUUCGACGAACACACCCUUCAUUGUCAGCUAAUUUAUUCCAUAUCAUCAGAAUUUGUUUUUGUUUUAUGAAAAAAUAAUCAAAAAAAAAGCCGUGAAAUCAUGAAGGCAUUGAUUCUUGUCGGUGGCUAUGGAACUCGUCUUCGACCAUUAACAUUAUCUUUACCAAAACCAUUGGUUGAAUUCUGUAAUAAACCAAUGAUUCUACAUCAAAUCGAUGCAUUGGUUGAGUUCGGUAUCAAACAUAUUAUUCUGGCUGUAAGUUAUCGUGCCGAUAUGCUUGAAGAAUGUAUCAGAAAACAGGCCAAAGAGUUAGGAAUAAAAAUUACGUUCAGUUUGGAAGAAGAACCAUUAGGCACUGCUGGACCAUUGGCUUUAGCACGAGAAUAUCUAUCUGAAGAUGAUGAGCCAUUUUUUGUGCUAAACAGCGAUGUUAUCUGUGAAUUUCCAUUCAAAUCAUUAUAUGAAUUUCAUAAAAAUCAUGGUAGCGAAGGAACCAUUCUCGUCACCAAAGUAGAAGAGCCUUCAAAAUAUGGUGUGGUCGUUUAUGAUCAAUUGGGAAAAAUUGAAAAAUUUGUCGAAAAACCAGUGGAAUUCGUCUCGAAUAAAAUCAAUGCAGGCAUUUACAUCUUUCAGACAUCUGUGUUGAAUCGAAUUAAGCUAAAACCAACUUCAAUUGAAAAGGAAAUUUUUCCAAAGAUGGCUUUUGAAGGUCAACUAUAUGCUUCUGAAUUGCCUGGAUUUUGGAUGGAUGUUGGACAGCCAAAAGAUUUCAUCACAGGCACAGGACUUUAUCUGUCUUCGUUGAAAUCAAGAAAUAUUUUGCCCAGUGCAAAUAAUCCCGGAAUAGUUGGUAAUGUUCUCAUCCAUCCUACAGCUAAAUAUGGUCAAAAUUGUAGAAUUGGACCUAAUGUUUCGAUCGGUGCUAAUGUUGUGAUCGAAGAUGGUGUUUGCAUAAAACGUUGCACUAUUAUGAGCAAUUCGAUUGUCCGAGCUCAUAGCUGGCUCGAUUCUUGUAUCAUUGGCUGGAAAUGUCGAAUCGGCAAAUGGGUUCGUAUGGAAAAUAAUUGUGUACUUGGCGAAGAUGUUCUCGUUAAUGAUGAACUUUAUCUCAAUGGCGUGAAAGUUUUACCUAACAAAGAAAUCUCCAAAUCAGUUGCAGAGCCAAGUGUGAUCAUGUGAAAAAUGGUUUUUAUUCUUUUUUUUCGUCUUGAAAACACACCUAUUCAUUCAUCUAUUUAUUUGCAGAAAAAUUAUUUUAUUUUAUGCGAAAAUUCUAUUCUUUGGAAAUUGUAUGGUGAGAAUUUUCGAGUGCCUUUCCAAUUUUUCUUUUCUACAUUCUAUCCGUUUACUAUUUGAAAAUAAAAUUCAUCGUUUAACGUACUAUAUUGAAGGAUCCCUGAAAAAUUGACUCAUUUGCCACGUGAAUUUUGAAUACGCAUGCGUUUCGAAAAAAAUGCACGUUUUCCGUUUACUCGCUCCCUGGUAGAAGCGUGUAUUUUCACAUUUCUUGUUGGUUCUAUUUUAUUUCAAUUUCUGCGUUCGUCAUGAAACUAAUCAUGAUUCGGAUGGCCACUUUAUGGUAGCAUUUGCCCCAAGAUAAUAAAUUAUCGAAUUCAAUGAAAAUGACACUCUCUUGAUGGAUCAAAAAUGUUCGAUAUCUAGCCGAUGCUCGGGUUAUAGUUCCAUUGACACCAGGAACAUGGCCAUGAUAUCUGUAACAAUAUUAACUGUGUUUUAUAUAUGGAGCAGAAUAGACUUCCUGUGUGAUUAGCAGCAUUCUUUAACUACACUCAAAACAAUACCCCCAUUUUUGGGUUAGACUUUGUACAACCGAAGUUGAAAUCGAGGGAAAAAAAUACAAAAUGGGAGGAUAUAUAUUUCACAAGUUAAUCUUGCUGGCUUUUCACAAUGAUUAUCGCAUCCUUUGAUGUUCGGAUGUUUAAUUGAUCAUUUCGAUUUCCAUUUUGGGAUUGUUAUGAUUUUAUCAAAAUCAUAACAAUUCCCUGACAUAUACACAGAGUGAUGGCCUGCAAGUACUCGCACUUGAAAAUCACAAGUGGAAUCGUGCUAAAAAAAUUGAAUUCAUUCAACAAAUGAAUGAUUCAGGAACCAUAUUCUGGAUAUAUUCGUAUCGAUUCAUUUAUCGAAACUUGAUACCUCGAGUCUUUAGAGGUCAACGGGCAGAAAAUUGCCACUCCUAUCAUCAUCACUAUCGUAUCAGACCAAUGUCAAAUGGAUGAAAACGAGAUGGAAAUUGUCUUGGAAUCUUUUAAUGCUCGUGGUACCAAUUUGGAUCAAGUUGCAGCCCGGAAAAUGUCGGUUGAUCGUAUCAAAAUGAUUAUUGAUGAUGAAUUAAUGAAAAUCAAUAGAAUUUAUUCAGCAUUUUACGAUUUCCAAGUGUCCAAGAUUUUUUAUUCACUAUGUAUUUGUUUAUAAGCCUUUUACAUUCAUGUAUGGGUGGAAUGACACUUGAGCUUUUAAGAUUUUGAUGCAAAAAAAAUUAAAUUGUCAUGGAAAUAAAAUACAUGCGAUUCAAAUGAA